CUCCUCCGCGACUCGUAGGCCCCCUCGGAGUCUAUAUAAGCGGAGGCUUCAUACGGAGACUGAGCAUUUUUUGUGUCGGUACCGGCGAGUUGUCGUGCUCGUCCGUCAAAGAGGCUGCGGGCUCUCGACGAGUGCCGCUAUGAUGUGCGCGACGUGUGAUACGAAAAGCCACCGUUAAAUCGCAGACGACAAGCUCGCGGGAUAGACGCGACUUCCUUUUAAAAAUAGAGAUAGAGAGAAAGAGAGAGAGAGAGAGAGAGAGAGGCGCGGCGGCGAAAAGUACAGGGAGACCGUGCAAAGAGCGAGGAAAUCCACGUAGUGUCAGAUAAUUUGUGUGUAGUGCCGGCAGAGACUGCGGUUUAUGCGCGUGUGUAUCAUGGUUAGAUUCAAGAUGUUAUUUGCGCUGUUCUUCUGCAUCCUGCUAAUCGGACAUCAUGCACAAGCGGUGGUCAACAAGGCAGCUUCGCAGGUGACGAAGGAAGAAGAGAAACUCAGAACCAAAGCUGACGAUAGAAUAAGCAACUCGUUCGAAUCUCCAUCCGACGCUUACGGACCGCCUUUGGGGAACGGUUUUAAAGGACCGGCUCCGGUGUACGGACCUCCGGAAUUAGUUGGCGAUCACGGACCGACGCCUAUUUAUCCGCCACCUCCGCCAGAAUUACCGCCUCCUAUAUUUGGACCGCCACCUGCCUCGUAUGGACCGCCGAAACAAAGUUUCGGAGGUCUGCCUCUUCUUCCAAAGCUUACUUACGGUCCACCUAAACUUCAUUAUGGACUGCUGAAACAACACUUUACGUCGCCGUCCGGUUCGUUCGGGCUGUUUCGAUCGCCGAAACCUCAUUACGGUCCGCCAUUGAAGUUGAUCGGCACGCCGAGUAGUCAGCCUCUUAAACCAGGCCACGGCCCACCUAUUCCUCUAUCGCUCGAAACUUACGGACCACCGCCUCCGAAAUUAGCUAUUCAGUUUAAUCCUUUGCCCGAUGACGAGUACGGUCCACCGCCGCCGCCCGUAUCCGAACCGCAACCGCAAUACGGUCCACCGGCCGUUGAUAUAUACGGACCUCCGCCGCCAGCACCUCCGCCAGGAGUUCCAGCUCCACCCACACCACCUGACAUCAAGUACGAUGGAUGGCAACCUAUCGCGGGAUUGCCCGCUCCCGCUAAUAAUCAAAGUCCACCGACGGACGCUUACGGUCCGCCGGUGAUUGACGGGAAGCAAAAUCAUAUCGAGGGUUCGUCUUCCACGGGAACGCAAUUGUCACACGCGUCUCUUAAUAUUUCGCCUAACGUGCCCAGUGAUUCUUACGGCGCGCCGAUACGCAACCCCGAGGAUCAGAAUCUAAAAACGUCCGUGCACGAGUCGUCCUCGGAGAACAACGGUUUGCCGCCCCCGCCUUUACCGCAGCACGAACCUCUGCACAAUCAAGGUCAGGCCGCGGUAACCGUCACGACCGAUCACAAAUCGGAUCGACAUCAGCAAUUAAACUCGCAAUAUGGAACGCCGUCGAACGCGCUUCCCGAUUUGAACGGGAAUUUUUAUUUCAAGCAACUUGAAAACAUUCUUUUGCAUCACUCGGAAUCGGCAGAUGGCGGAACGCACGCUCCGACGAGCAACGCCGGAAAUUCUCACGAUUUUCAAAAUCUAGGAAACGACGAUCUGUCCGUGCAGCAGCUACCGCUGCUGCAGAAACAACCGUUGGAAGAUUACAACGUGCCCUCGCUCGCAAUUAAUUUGGAAAAUCCUCUAACCGACGGAUCUUUGAUUCCUCCACCGCCUUUGAACACUUACAACGUGCCGCUGUCCUCGUACUCGUCCAACGGACCUUAUCCCAAUGCGCAGAGCGGACGAAGUCCGUUCCCGUCGUUUGGACAACAUUUGUUUUACAAACAAGGUGCUCCGCACCAUCACAAACUCCCAGGUCCUGGUUUCAGACCGCCGCCGAUUCUCUUCAACUCCUUGACGCCGCCGCAAAAUCGAGAACCGAUCAAAUUCAGGGAACCGAUACCAACGCGACUGCUGACGAACAUUCACAAGUACCUGCCGCCUGUCGCAAAACAACAUUUGCCGAGUGUUCACGCGCCUGUGUCUUUCCGUCACGCAUCGGGUGCCGGCAAUUCGUUCGCCAGCGGCGGUUCAACUUUCGCAUCGGCCGCGUCGCUGUUCAACGAACACAAUUCCGCUAUCGCGGCGCCUCACGUCCAAUACGGAACGCCACUGUCAUUUACCGCGUUCAACGCGCAAACGCCUCAUUUGACUUACGGAGCGCCCAAUUUCGGACCGCCGACCUCUUUCGUCUCGACGUCUUCUUCCGAAUUCGGCAGCAACAAUCUCUACGGCGGUAUCGACAACGUGCUAACAACAACAUACGGCACGCCCGUUGUUCCAUUUUCGAUCAACGGCGGUGGCAAUUGCGAUUCCUCGCAACCGCUGUCCGCGAACGGUGCGCUACCUUCGGCCAGUGGUUUAUCUUCAACUGGCCAAUUACAUUCCAGCGGAGAGCUACACUUGAACGGAGGCUUAUCUUCAGGAGGCGAAUUGCCCUCGAGCGGGCAAUUGUCGCUUGGUAACGGAUUGCUCGCGCACGAAGGCGCGCGGCAACAACAUUCCGUUGACCAACCCUCGCGGCUCGAUUUUAAAACCACGGAAAUCGCGCUCGGAAACGCGGAAAAUCUAUCGUCGGAUUUCGCCAAUUCUCUGGCCGCGAGUUUCGCGGAGACCGAUUUGUCCUCGUCGUUGCCGCUCGCAAAACCGUUGGAUAAUUUCUUGGGCGGACCGCCGGUUAACACGUUGGAUCUGCAGCACGACGAGCAACAGAAAACGAAUCUGAAGGACAGUUACGGCAAUCCCGUGGGACUGACUUACGACUCGUCCAACGAGGCGAGCAAUUCCAAGAUACGCACGUCCGUCGCGGACGUUACGAACGAGCUCUCGUCUAGUCAAUCUUAUUCGGCCGAAGCGUUUACCGCAAGCUUGACGGCUCAGGGUCUAAAUCAGGAGAAGAAUCUCGAUUCGAACGAGUUGGACGCUAAUCAGUUUUUGAAAACCAACAACGAGGCGCUGUCUCUGGCCCAGCAUCUGACCUCGAGCGGCGACGACGGAUUUGAGAUUCAAGGUUCCAAAGGCAUUUACAAGCUGCAGAUACAUCCGGCUAACGGGGAAUUGAACACGGAGAACUCGGACGGGAGCAUCAGACACGAUCAGGUACUGUCCAACGGACUUCUUCAGAACAUACUGGCCGCAAUUGAGCAGCCGGAAAACGGCGCCAUAGAAUUGCAAGGCCCGCCGCAGGCUCAGCAACUCGAAAAGGUUUUCGGUCCCGAUCUGCAAAGAACCGACGCCGUCAACGGUCAUUUCAUAACCGUGGACAGUCAGGCGCAGAGUAACGAACGGAUCGAGAAGAUUGACGACAGAAGAGCGAACGAGAAGUAUCUGCAAAGUUUGCCGCCUGUGGCUUUGUUCUUCGACACCAAAUACGCGACGAAGGAGAUCAGAUCGGUCAGGCCGAAGAAGAGCGAGAAGCAAUUAACGAGAGGAGAUCAACAAAUCUACGGGAGCGGAGCGAACUUGGCGUAAAAAAAAACUUCAAUCCUAAACGCGAGUGUGCCUUUGUGAAAAUAUUUAAUAAUAGUUUUUUUUUUUUUNUUAAGUUUUUCUCUCUCUCGCGCGCGCGCUCUCGGGUUCUUCGUUAUUAUAUCUUGCGGAGACUUUUUUUGGAUUUCCAUUAUUUAUACACGAAACAAAGAUGACGGGGUACAUUGCUGCUAACGUGAUGCCGUUUCACUUUCUUCGCUUGCAAGAUCGAUUAAACGAUCAAAGAAUCUCGCAAUCAUUCCCGAGAAGCGAGUUUCAGAGAGAUCGGCAAUAGAGCAAAUCGCUUCGCGACAUUCGAAGCGUUGCGCGUUUCUUCGGCGAUAUUUUCUUUCACGGAAACACGAAAUUUUAACCGCGAACAAUCGAUCGCGCACACGAUCGAUCGUAAUCGCGCGUCAUUGGUACGCAAUUUUUUCUUUUUUGUGUUUGCACAUCGCGAAAAUAUUUACGUGAAGAAAAAGAAAUCGCAAUCUCUCUCCAAGUUUUCUUUUUGCGAUUCGAUAACGCGCGAUCCCGGCGCAAUUUUUUUUUUUGCGCGCGUUAUUUAAUUUCUUCAAAAAUUGUUCGAGCACAUCCGUCAAUUGUAUAACUCGUCGGUAUAUGCUUCGAAAAAAAAAACAAAAAAAAAAACAAAAACGUCUGAAUGAUAGAAACUAGCAUUAGAAGGUAUGAACCGCGCGAGAAACGAAAGUUUGCGCAAUUCUAUUUCUCUUAUUGCAAGCGAGCGAAAGUGAUAAUUACUUGUUGGCCGGUAUCGAUAAUGGGUUAUUAUACAAACGAAUCGUCCGGUUGCUCAAGAACUUUUCACCUCUCGCCGACGCUUAUUACGAGAGCUUAUUGCAGGAAGAGACGCGCGGGCGUCUCUCAUCAUCUUUACCGGUUUGUGUGAAAAAAAUUUCCACGGAUUUCCCCCCGCGUCGUCAUCAUCCUCCCUGUUAUCUGUCUCGAGCCAAAAAAAAUUCCGUCCGAGAAAUCGCAUAACGCUGCGAUUUCUCGCGCCGUGUCCUCGCGUCAGCGGCUUAUCCUAAUCUUUGCUUAUGGAAAUCUCAUCGAAUGGUCCCUUUGAGAACGAGAUACACAGAGAAAGUUUUCAAAUAUCGCGAACGAGAUUUUUUGAUCGGAUUACCGAUCGAUGACCGCGCACCACCCAUUGACGAGCCUCAACUCCGAAAUCCGAUGAAAUCGGCAAAAAGACGUUAAACACACGAUCCGUAUAUCGAGAAAAAGAAUUUUUUUUUUUUAAGAAUUAGUGUUCUGUCUGACACACUUAUUUCGUUAAAAUAUCAGAAUCUCGCGUGAAACGACGGUUUUGUUGCAGGAAAUUUCUUCUUUUUUCUUUUUUUUUAACAAAAAAAUCGGAUACUACUUAAAGUAUUUAAAUUCGAUUGUAUUGAACUUAAGGAUGUUUUUUGUACGUACAAUUGUAGCAAAAUAGUAGCUGAAACUCGAUUUUGACGAAUAUAUGCUUUUCUUGCGUAAUUUAAGUAAUAAAAAUUACGCAGAAUCUUUAUUCAUAAUUAGAGCGCAGAAAUGUAAAUUUUAAUUUUUAAAUUAUAUGUUCAAAGCUCGUUGAAUAUUUAAAUACAAAGAUGAAGAAAUGGCAAUAACAAGCUAACGCUUGAAAAAAAUUUUUUAACAUACGUUUGUUAAAAAAUUUUUUUUAAUCUUCGAAUUAAAAGAGAAUUGUUUACCCGAACAAUCUGAUGUUAGCUUGUUAUUGCCAUUUCUCCAUCUUUGUAUUUUAAUUUUAAUUUUUUUUAUUUUUAUUUUUGUUCACGCAAUUAAAGAACCGCGUACGUAUGCGCGCGCAGACGUUCGAGUAAUAACAGUGCCAUGUUGCCACGUUUUUUUUCACAGAGAAUCACACGCGUCACUUAGAUAACAAUUUAUAUUUAUUAUCUUUUUUAAACCAUCUAGCGCUUAGUCAAAAUUAUUUAAUCAAAUAUAAUUCUUCAUAUAUCUAAUUUCAUCUUUUCAAAGUUCGAACUAAUUCCUAUCAUUUUUUUUUCUAUUUAAUUUAGCCACUUGAAUUAACGCGCGGUCACACAUUUUUCAUAAAAGUUACGGGAGGAAACUCGUUGCAAACUAAAAUGUUUAUAACUUUUGAUUGCUUCGGUGAAAUCGACUCUAAGGAUUUUUUUUUUUUUUUUUUAUAAGUCUCUGAACAGUAUAUAUGAAAACAAAUAUGUAAAAUAUUUUUAUUUAAUUCCUAACACAUUUCAAAAAAAAAAAAAAUAGAUAAACUAAAACAUCUUUAAACCGACACUGUGACUGCAACCGAGCUGCAUCGCCCCGCCACGGGAACCUGCCUGCCCCUCCUUUCUCGAAGGAAAGGUGUAUCAAAAUUGUUGAGGCUAGACACGGGGUUUCCCGUGCGGAAGCUGAACACUCAUUUAACAUCCGUAAUGGCGUUUCGCCCCGGGCUGGUCGGGGCUCCUUGGCGGAGCUUUCCAGUCCACGCCUGUGUAAUUUCCCUCCUCCCUCUGCCCUCCCCCCUCUUCACCCCGAAUUGGCGAACUGCGUGGGCCUAGUUCUCGUUCGGUUUCAUGGGGUCGUUUCCCUCACAAGGGGACACGUUACGAUGCUCGCUCUGUUCUUCCCUUCGUUCGACCGUCCCAUCGAUGACAAUAAACUUCCUGACGAAUCAAUAAUUUUCCGCGAAUUCUCGCAAAAAAGAAAUUUUAUAUCGAACGUUUCGACGAAAAGAAUGAAUUUCGCCCUUCGUCUUCGAGCGUUGCCGCAGCGGUAUCUUGUAACAAUGCGUGUGAGAGCCUUCUCAGAGAAGGCUAUUGAGAAAAUCACAAACUCAGCCGUUUAUGUAGGCUACAUGAUCGGCCUCGAAUCUUACGCGGUUUCAGCCGAGGUGAAAGUUCAGAACCUCGUUUAACGAUCCGGCAAAACGGUGACCGAGAGCUCCUGUGAGAAUCUCGUUUCGAGUGAAAACGCGCGCCGUGCUCGUUUCCGCGAGCGAGCGUUCGCUCGAUUUUUUUGCACGCAAGACGACAUAUAAACUCUGGUGGAUACGGAAUAUGUCUAGUCCGCUGUCGCAAGUGCGUGCGUGCGUGCGUGCGCGCGCUGCGCUGCGAAAGAGUGGCACGUGGUUGUGCGUAUACACGCACACACGGCGGAAACACGAGAGCACAACCUCAAAACAUCGCCUUGAUACGAUCGGGCACGAGGGGAAAAACGCAAAAGCGACGAGCCGCCAUUUCCUUCCGUCGCGCGCGUAUUAACGACUUUUACGCGACUCACGAUUCGCAGUUCGGCGCGUAAGUUGAAAAUGAGAGCGCGCGCGCGCGCGCGCGUACGUCGUGAAAGCGCGGCCGUUAAAAUCCCGAGUGUGGCAUAAUCUUAAAAGUUUUUGCAUUUUUAUGAUUUUCCGUCCCCCGGCAAACGGUUAUGCAUAACUUGCUGUAUUGCAGAUACGUAAAAAUAAGUAGAGCGUAUAUACGGGUUUAGGAGAGAGACGCACUCAUUGUUACGCGGAGUACGCAGUAACGUAACUGCCAAGGCCAUAAAACUCAUCCACUUGCUCCGUAUCCACCUUCUUUAUUAGGAUUUUAAUUUAUUAUUUUAUACGCGAACAAAAAAAAAACAAAAAAAAAAACAAAAAAACAAAAAAGAGAGCCCUUUCUCUCCCUUAUGUGUGUGUGUGUGUGUGUGUGUGUGUGUGUGUGUGUGUGUCUGUAGUUUACAUCCGAUGAGCAAUCAAUACGAUAUCACACUCGCCGGAUGUGAAUCAACUUUUAAGCCUGCGUGUAUACUCUUUUAUUACGCAUACCGAUCCUCAAAAUGUAAAUAUAUACUAUGGAUACUCUUUGUAAAUAAGAUUUUUCUUCAUUCUCCUCCUUCCUCUCUUUAUCCCUUUCAUUUUUAUUUUUACGUCACAUAAUAAAAUAAACAUUUUUCAAUUCUGAACCUCUGAUUCGGUUUUGUCCGAAUUACUUUCGGACAAGUAAUUAGAAAUAAAUUGCGUAAAAUUGUUUUUCCGUUAAAUAAACAACAGAGGACUUGUUGGUUGACGAUUGAUUGAGAGAAGAUGUUGCGAAAUUUUUGCAAAAUUAAUUAAAAAUAAAAAUACGUCAGAUUCUUCAGAGAGAGUUGUUCAAAAACACGGUUCAAGAAUAUGUGAAACAAAAAAAAUUUAUUUAUUUAUUUGUAAGAUUGCAUGCAUUUUAUGAAUGAGAAUUCUACGUGAUCGUGUCGUUAUCUCAUUCGCGCCCGACAACACAUUAGGCCAAGUCCAAGCCGUAAAUAUAUCGGCAUUAACGGCACAGGAGGAUUAAUGCAGAAACACGUUGUUUUCAAGUCCAUUUGCAGAGAUUGGCCCGGCGUAACGUGGAUUACAAGUUUUGCGCGUCUGAAAGUGUUUGUCUCUUCUCUGUGAAAGUUCCCAAGCUAAAUCGGCGGUCGCCUAAAUACCGCGAAUUCUGGCACGGCGGCCGGAGAAACGGAAACGUAUGAGGGAAUUAGGUGUCCGCCGCUAAGUAGAAUUACGGUUAUGUAAAUGAAACGCGCUAUCGCUUCUCUCGCAUUUGAUUAGGACAGUUAGCACCCCAGCUCUCUCUCUCUCUUUUUAUCUCCACGCUAAAAAUCGUUACUCGCAGAUUUUCCAAAUCCGUUUGCCGUGUCGGUAUAUAUUCGUUCACUUCUCUCGCGUUGGUUCCUUUCUCCGUCUACCUGCCUGCUCCGUUUCGUGCGUUGUUGGUUUUUUUCUUUUUUUUUUGGUUUUGUUUCAGUACUUCGCGGUACAGACAAUGAAAUCAUGAAACUUCCUGCGCGAUCUAAAGCUAUGAGAAAAUUCACACGUUUUCCGCGCGCAAAGAUGAACUAGCGGCUCGCGUUGACGCGCUCCCCGACGACCGGGUUACAUUGUGAGCAAAUUAAUUCUCGGCGAUGGGAUGGAAAUCAGUUUUCUUUGAUAUCGCGCGCGUGCGCGCGCGAUUCCGAGAGUCCCGAUUGAUAUCAAUACACAGUUUAUAUCGGCGCUUAAUUUCUUCUUGCGUAUUAAAUAUUAUUCGACAAGAGGGAUAACGAAUGUAAAAAUAACGAAUGUACAUUAAGGUCGUGCGUGGUAAAACUCGUAGCAAUUUUUUUUCUUUCCUUUUUUUUAUAAAAAAAAAAAAUUAAAAAACUACUUUUUUUGUUAAUAAAUACGAUAUUGUUGAUUUCCGCGCUGUGCCGUUCGUUGUAUUCAAUAUGUGACACAUUUCGACUGUGUAUCUCGUGUCACGCGCAGCGGUGAUCAUUCUAGCUGAUAAAACAUCGCGAUUUAGUCAUCAACGGAGAUUGUCACUUUUAUUGACAAACUGUCGUCAAUUAAUAUGUUAAAAUCGAUCUUUUUUCGAACGGAUCUAAAAUUUAUUAAAAUUGCACACGUUGUUGAGUUCGGAGUGAAUAAAUUUCUUCAAUUUCGUCGAAGAUACCGCGCGCGAGACGACGACGACGACGUUUGUCACGGGGAACAAUUCACGAAUUUGAAGACAAAGACGAAGAAUUUUAUUUUAUCCAUCCGCGAUCUCUCGAAGGCGCGUGGUAACGACUUCCUUCUCUCUGUGCUUUUUUAAUCGCGACCGUAUAUAUCGCGUGGCGUUCCGGAUUUUUCAAGACGUUGCGACGAGGAGGGAAUCGGAAGGGAUCUUCGAAGGAAGGCUUCGAGGGUUAGCCAACGGGAACGUAUGCAUUUUUCGCGGGGGCUCGGAAGUGCUUUAUUUCCAUACUGACGUCGUAUCCGUACACACCGACAGUCAUACUGAUCUCAGGAGGCACGUUGUUGCCUCAUGGGCGAUAUAUACGGAAUAUAAGGCAAAGCCCGACAAGCGGAGUCUCGGAUGUAUCGUUGCCGAUAUGCCCGGCCUAGCCCUUUCGCCGAAGGCAAAAUUGUCUUUCUCGUGAAUAACAAAUAGUUGCUGAAAGCGGGGAGAGAAAGAGAGAGAGAGAGAGA